AUGAGCGCGCGCCGCCUUCCCAACUUCCCCACGCGGUUGCCGGGAAGCCACCACCGCGCCGACAGCCGAGAUGGAGACAGGGAGGAAAUAUGGAAGCCCAUGCUGGACAAUAUCUCAAGCGGGAAGCGACUCCCAGAGAAGAGCUUGCUUGUGCUGGGGGGCACACCGGAGACACAGCGAGAAUUCUUGGAAUCAGUGUCCACGGAUAGUAAUCGUAGGCCGCCAGACCGAGGGCGGAAGCCUCCCAUCGCCAACCAAUUUGCGCUUGGGUACACGUAUCAGGAUGUGCUAGACACCGAUCACGAAGAUACUCUCGCCCGCUUGUCGCUGUACCUCCUCGCAAAUCCCUCGCCGUCUUUCACCCCCUUAAUAAAGCCCUACCUCAACCCACGUACGCUACCACACAUGCUCAUAGUCAUACUGCUCGAUUGGAACCACCCUUGGUUAUGGAUACGGCAGCUUCGAGACUGGAUACGGGUGCUGAGAUCAUUGGUUCUCUCGCUUGACGAUGCCUCAAAAGUAGUCCUGGAAGAGAACAUACAGAUGCUGCAAGACAAGGGGCGUAAUUUGGCUUCGGAAGGUAACACCAUGGACGGCGUCAAGAUCCCCAUGGGUCCUGGGGAGUGGGACGAGCCGCUCGGUCUACCGCUCUGUGUGGUCUGCCAAAACGCUGACAAGAUCGAGUCGCUGGAGAAGGAAAGGGGUUGGAAAGAAGAGGAAUUUGACUUCAUACUACAGUACUUGCGCACAAUUCUGCUCAAGCACGGAUCGAGUCUGGUGUACACCAUGCCUACUGCGCCAGGAUCUCUUCGGACACUGAUACACUCGACACUUGGCAUCAAAUCUCUGUUGAAACAAGAGCAGUUGCGACACAAUGUAACUGAUCGUGACCGUGUCCUGGUACCGCCGAACUGGGACUCAUGGGCCAAGAUUCGAAUUCUGCGCGAGGGUUUCGACGUUGAGGGUAUCAGCCAAAAAUGGAGCGUAGAUAUCGACAUACCGCGACAUAUGCGACUAACGAAUGGUCAGGCAUUGCCGCCAUCCGAAGACGAAGCGCAGGCAAACCAAGAGUCCAUGCCUACAGCAGACGAGGAGGAAGAAGGCCCAUCUGCUACCUCAAUUUACGAGGACACCAUACGCAACCCCGAAUCUGACUUCCCAUUGGCAGGCCUGGCAAAGCAGACCAACACGUUGGAGAUAUCCAGCAAGGAUGCACAGGUAUUCCUUACAGAGCAAGUCGCUGUUCUGGAGCAACUGCGGCGCGAUGACGAUAACGAAGCUGCACUCAAAGCUGCUCGCAAGGAGCACGAUCCAGCAGCAAACCGGACAUGGGCUGAUGAUGCGUCUGGCAUUGUCGAAGAUCACAUUGGGCCUGUGCAGUUCAACAUGGGUGGUAUUCAAGUGAAUGCUGACGACAUGGUCAAGAGGUUGCAGGAUCGUGAAGCAACCCGUGCCAAUGACGCGGACACGCCAACUACGAAAACUCAGGAUCCAACCCUGGUUAGCAACGAGAAGCUCCGCUCUUUCUUCUCAGGCCUUGUCAACAAAGGACCCACGAAUGGCCCAAGAGGUGCUUGA